AUGCGGUUCUCCUCCCUCCACGUGGCCGCCCUUGGCCUGGGGUUUGCCGCGUCCGCCGCGGCGCAGGACAGCACCUUUGAGCCACCUGAUUUCAACGUCACCCUAGCCCUCAUUGACCAGGGCGUCAAUGUGUCUGCGUUGCCCGAGCUGGACUCGCUGACCAAGAGAUCCUCCCUCUCUGCAUGUUCGAUUGCGUGUGACACCCUCAGGAUCCUGUUCGGAUCAUCGAAUGUGAUCGAGCAAGGCAAUCAAGGCUACACAGCCUUCACCAACGCCUACUGGUCUGUUCAGCAAGAGAAUAUUGACCCCUAUUGUAUUUUCAAGCCAACCAGUGCAACCCAAGUGUCAAUAUCAAUUUUGCUCUCACGACUCACCCAAUGUCCGUUCGCAGCCAAGUCCGGUGGCCAUGCAGCCUUCGCCGGCGCCUCCAACAUUCAGGGCGGUAUCACCAUGUCCCUCGAGAAGCUCAACACCAUCAAACUUUCGUCGGACAAGAAGACGGCUGACAUUGGCCCUGGUAACACAUGGUUCAAUGUCUACACCGCCCUUCAGCCAGCCGGUGUCACCGUCAUCGGCGGCCGUGUCUCACCCAUUGGGGUGGGCGGCCUCACCACUGGCGGCGGCAUUUCUUUCUUCUCUAAUAUUUACGGCUGGGCCUGCGAUAACGUCGUUAGCUACGAGGUUGUUACCGCGUCCGGGGUGAUUGUCACUGCCAGCGCCACCCAGAACAAAGACCUCUUCUUUGCCCUGCGUGGCGGCGGCAAUAACUUCGGAAUCGUGACCAAAUUCACGUUGAACGCCAUCCCUCUUCCAGGCGGCUUGAUGUGGGGCGGCGGCCGUGUGAUACUUGAAGACCAAUUCGACGCUGUUGUCGACGCUUUCUACAAUGUCGGUGUCAACUCGCCUCAGGACCCCAAUGCUGCCCAAAUCCUUUCGUUCGCCUACGCACAAUCCGCCGAUCUCAACCUCGCCGCCGCCGAUCUCCAAUAUGCGCAGCCCGUGGCUAACGCACCCAUCUUCAGCGAGUACUUGUCUAUCCCAGCCAUUUCAGAUACCACCAAAGUCCGCACACUGGCAGAUCUAACCCAAGAAUUCAACGCCAGCAACCCCGACGGACUGCGCGAGACGUACUGGGCGGCUACAUACAAGCUCAACAAAAACCACACAGCCUCGGUCAGAGAUAUCUUCUUUGAGGAACUUGAUUCGAUCAAGGAUGCCGCCGGUCUGGUGCCCGCCGCGACUUUGCAAGUCAUCACCGAAGGGCAACUCGCUGCCAUGACCCAAAAUGGCGGAAACCCGCUCGGCCUUUCGGCUUCCGCAGGGCCGUUCUUGCUGCUCAACAUGAACAUGAUGUGGACCAAUGCGGCCGACGACACCAGAAUUCUCCAGGCCAACAAGCGAAUCAUUGACCGGACCGUGGCAUUAGCUCAGUCGAUGGGGCUGUAUGAGGACUACAUCUACAUGAACUAUGCCAGUCAGUUCCAGGACGUCAUUGCUAGCUACGGAUCGACCAACAAAGCCAAGCUGAAGAGCACUGCCGCCAAGUACGAUCCCACUGGAGUGUUCCAAACGCUGCAGCCGGGAUAUUUCAAGCUGAACGGACCACCUAGCCCUAGUGGCCCGUAG